CGCAGAUCCAGGGUUUAUUAUGUCCUGUUGCUGCUCAAUUCGCUUUUAUCCACCACGCUAAGCUUCAGCUGUUGCCCACCUGGAAACUUUCCGCCGUCCCAAACUUUCCUCUCACCUGCGAUGCCAUCUCAGGGUUCACUUCAUCCGUACAGGGGGACGAAUCUGCGACCAGGAAAGAACGUCACGGCAUAACGAAUCCAUCAUCCAUUCACCAAGGCCCGCACUCUAAGCGACAAGCCACAAUGGAAGACCUGACCCACGCGAUCAACUCCCUCGUCCAAUCCCCCACCACAAUCUACUACCUCAUCGACACCGCCGUCAUCCUCUUCAUCUCCUCCGCCGCAACGCGCGGCAACUUCUCCAAAGCGCACGCCCGCUUCCUCACCUUCGGACUCCCCUGGCUGCUAGCCCGCGUGGUGCUCCUCUUGAACGGCUAUCUACGCGACGCGGCUCAAUGGGGCGUGCCCAAGUUGCUGGAGCAUCCUGCCGCGCAUCGGGUGCUGGUGGAGCAGUUGGGGUUGGAUGCGGACUACUGGGUGCAGGCGCUGCCGACGGGGGUGCAAGUCUUCGUUGCGGCGGUUUUGGCGUUUAAUGCGAGGUGGAUUGGGGAGGUUGUUGGGGGGAGGAUUGUGCGGGGGGAAGGGGCGCGGGAGCAGAGGCAGAGUCGGAGUUAG